AUGGCGGUCCCUCGUGUGAAGCGUGUAGCUGUCAUCGGCGCCGGUCCAGCGGGUGCCAUCGCCGUUGAUGCUCUCGCUCAAGAAAAGACAUUUGACCUCAUCCGAGUAUUUGAGCGCCGUGAAGGUCCUGGAGGAUGUUGGAUCGGAGACAAAACUCAACCUCCAACAAUCUCCAACUUGGCAAAACUUGCAGACCGCACAGCAGAUGAGCAACUUCCCAUUCCCGCGCAGUUGCCGGCUUUGGUACCAAAGCCUACGCAACCGCGCCAUGAAGAGUCCUCUCUCUAUCCGUACCUAGAAACCAAUGUCGCUACAUCGACUAUGGAGUUCUCACAGGAACCUAUUCCUGCAACUCGUAGUGAGAGGUCAAUUGGCAUGCACGGACCUGAGACGCCGUUCAGGCAUUGGAAGGUUAUGCGUGAUUAUGUCGCUGGAAUUUUGCAGCGUAACCAUUAUGAGGAUCUCGUCUCGUAUAACACCACCGUGGAACAUGUUGAAAAAACAGGUGAUGAGUGGAAGGUUGUGCUGAGAAAGGAGGGAAAUAAGCAGGAUUAUUGGUGGACGGAGACUUUUGAUGCUGUUGUUGUGGCUAGUGGCCAUUAUUGGGUGCCGUAUAUUCCAGCUGUUGAAGGGUUGGAGCAGUUUGAAAAGACAAGGCCGGGGGGUGUGGUGCAUAGCAAGCACUUUCGCGGCAGAGACUCUUUUCGUGACAAGCGAGUCGUUGUUGUGGGCGCCUCUGUUUCAGCAGCAGACAUUGCAGUUGAUAUCGUCAAUACGGCGAAGACGCCCGUUCACUGCGUCACUAUCGGCCAUACCACAAACGUCUUUUUCGGCGACACUGCAUUCGAUCAUCCCAAGAUCAAGCAGCACCCAUCCAUUGCCAAAGUCACCGACCGGACUGUGCAUUUCAUCGACGGUACCAGCAUCCCCGACGUGGACCACAUCAUCUUCGGUACCGGCUACAGCUGGACCCUCCCCUUCCUCCCCUCCGUCCCAGUACGCAACAACCGCGUACCGGGCCUAUACCAGCAUAUCGUCUGGCAGGACGACCCAACGCUUCUCUUCGUCGGCGCUGUCGGCGCUGGGCUUACAUUCAAGAUCUUCGAGUGGCAAGCCGUGUACGCGGCGCGCAUCCUCGCAGGCCGGGGGACUCUGCCACCGCGGGAAGAGAUGCAGCGGUGGGAGGAUGAGCGGAUCACGACGCAUGGCGACGGGCCCAAGUUCACGGCUGUGUUUCCAGAUUUUGAGGAUUACUUCGAGACUGUGCGGGAGCUGGCGGGUGAGGGCGUAAAAUGUGGCGGGUAUUGGAAAGAGUUCAAAUGGUCCUUCAAGCAUCAACCCGGCGAUAUAGACGUGGACCUCACGACCGGAACAUCGCCCACGUCCUCAAGAAGAGGUUCUACGAUUCACCCGGAGACGCCAUACGCAGCAACCUCUUCUACGAUAUUCGAUACCAUUGCGCUUGAUACAACUCCAGGUCCUUCACAGAACGAGGAGUUGCCUAUCGAAGAUGCCACUUCAAUCCUGGGCGAUGCUGCGUGGACGACUAGUUCCUGUACCGAUACAGAUGAUCUUUUUGCGCGGUCUAAUUCCAUUGUUGACACGAGUGACAUGAGCGAUAUGACGGUGUCAAACAUGGAAAUCACUUCAACAGCUCUUACUCCCACGAUGGAACCACAGUUCUUUGAAGGGACGCCCCUCACUGUUGGUCUCAUCACCGACACCUCGUCACUUUUAAUCAGUAACUGGUUCGAACAAGUCUGCUCAUUAUGGUCAGGCUUUGACUCAGACUCUAAUCUAAACCGAAAAUUAGCUCUAGAGCUAUGCACGAGCUCGCAAUCUGUGUUUAGUUCACUGCAAAGCAUGUCGGCUGGAUUCUUGUCCACACGACUACCGCACAUGAGACAAUCGGCGAUGUACUUCUUACAAGCUGCCACCGGGGCUGUUCUCUCUGAGGCUGAAACCGCUCUCCAAAACCCAGGCGACACGAUGCCCGCUGGUGCGCUCUUCUCGCUCUUUUGUCUGGGUACGACUGUGUGCUGGGUGGAUGCAAGACAAUUAGGUCUACCAUUCUUCCGAUCGGCGCGCAAAAUCCUGGACCGGUUGAAUCGACGUCUCGAGAGACUCUCAGCAAAAGACCUAGAGCUUCUAUCGUUCUUCAACAGAAGUCUCACGUAUUGUGAGAUGCUUCUUGCGGCAGUCAAUCGUGACGAUGAAUCUCUCGACACAGAAGAUCCGGUGACUGGGCCCCAGACAGACAGCUCAAUGCAACUGGCAGAGCGAUAUAUGGAUAAUUCACCACAUCCAUGGACCGGAAUAUCCCCACUUGCAUCUCAGCUCUUCGCCCAGUCUAUACGACUCUGCCGAAGCUUCCGGCGGAAUCUCAAACUACCAAAAGAAACAGGGCGGGAUUUCCAGAGAGCGCUAGAGGAAAUCCAAGAAGCACAGCGUUUGGAAGAAAGGCUCCUUAGCCUUGAGUUCCAGAGUAACAUUUGCGUCGCUAACACGGGGGAUUAUCGAACACCGUCUCAUCAUCUCACGCAGAUCGCGGAGGCUUAUAAACUUGCAGCGUUACUUCAGCUGUACCAGACAUUCCCUGAUCUCGUGGCUUUACGAUUGCCGAGUAAUUCGGUUCAUGCGAACAGUCGGCAUAUUCCCUGGGAGGAGUGGAUCAUCCCGUUGAGUCUCCGCCUCGUCAAUGUCCUCGAACAAAUCCCACCCAACUCGGGCACCCGUGUCAUCCAGCCACUGUUAUACAUCACCGCGAGCUCAGGUCUGCGCUACGACACGACAACAUUACUAGAUAUCUCAAGCUCGUCCUUUGACUCUAGCAUAGUGCCCUCGAGCUUCCAAGCCGAUCCGUUCUCUUCCAUGGAAACUCUGGCUACGUCGCCUCCGCCAGCGAAUCUGAUAUCACGCCUGUCACUCGAUAUUAGUAAUGCUCGGCACUUCAUCACCGGGCGUCUCAACAUGCUGGAGAAUAGUCUACCGCCGAAGCCGGUUAUCAUGGCAAAGGAGUUGAUCAAGGCGAUAUGGGAGGCUUAUGAUAAUGAAUCGCCUGGGUCGGCUUUGGUGCAUUGGGUAGAUGUUAUGGAGGAGAAGAAUCUGCGGUCGAUGUUUGGAUAG